AUGUACGAAUGCCUGUUCGGUUUUACACCUUUUGCGUGCGACGAUCGCCAUCAAACCAAGCUCAAGAUCCUGCAGCACAAGAAAACCUUGGUGUUUCCGCAGCCGGACGGUGUUCCGGAACCGAGCAUGGAAGCAUUGGACCUCAUGAUGCAGAUCCUUGUAGAGAAGGAGAAACGCCUCUGCAGCCGUCAGUAUGAGCACAAUGACUUCACCAGGAAGGUUGUUGGCGGCCGACUUGUCCGAUGUGUUGCGGACAAGGCUCAUCAAAACUAUCAGGGAUAUUUUGUCUACCCUAGUGAUGCAGAAGAUAUCAAGCGCCAUGCAUGGUUUGCGAAAAUGGACUGGGACACUUUCUACCGGCAACGUCCGCCUUAUCAGCCUCGUGUUAGAGAUUGGGAAGACACCAAAUACUUUGAUGACGAAGAUCCCAUCUCCGACAUUGAUUCUGCGACGACAUUGGACGAAGGUGGUCUCGCUGCCGAAGUGGAAACUGCCGCUCAAGAUCCAAAUCCGAAGCGCAAGACUACCCAAGUGAGCCAUCACCACGCAGAAGUGCAGAACAUUGUCCCGUCCACUGCCAUAAAACUUCCUCCUCUCCAGGACUGUCUUGAACUCGGUCUGAACGAUACUGCAGCGAAAAACAAUGGGCUGAAAAAUCCUCUCAUGCAACCACGGGUGAAUGGGUGCCCCACUACCGGAGCCACGCUUGUGGAAACGGGUCACCAUGGUGAAGGGGCUCUAGCGACAGUCAGCGCAGAGAACGUCAAACCCAAGGCAAGGAAGAGGGAAUUGAAGAGGCCCAGGGACAUCAUCUUACGGGACCCUGCUACAGGCGCGCCAGCUUUGGAGACUCGGAAACUCGGCGCUUUCAUGGGUUAUGAGUAUCGCCAGCCUGCGAUGGCUGAGGAUAUUAUAGAACAGGUAAUUGCCGAGGAGAUGGAAGGGAACAAAAUCAAAACGUUUCGGCCAGGAUGUGAUCAGCAGGAUCCCGACCUAACCUACGAGAGGCAGGUGUUCAUGGAUGCCGGUGGGCACUUGUCUCCCCGUUAUCGCGCCGGGCUGAUGUGA